GCCUCAGUCAAGAGUAUAGUGGGGAGAGUGGGGAGGCUGCCCAUUGAGAGGGCCAGGCCAAGGCUCCUUAAUGGUCCCUCUGUGCAAACAUCCAUGCAGCUUCUUGGGGAAAGACUUAUGGGUAGGGUCUAUUGCAAGUGGUAUUUGCCCCCUUCCCCAGGGUGAAUAUCUGGUCCACCCUGAUCUCUGGCUGAGGGUAAGGGGAGACAGAGAGGAUAUCUCUGAGACCCCACUCCCAAGCUGAAGAUGGGGUGAAUUGAGGCUGUGGUGAGCAGUGAGAUUUGAAAGUAUGAAGGCCUGCAUGGAGGUUCACUGGAACAGGGAGCAAGCUUCUCUGAUGGGGGUGAAGGGAAAUAAAGGGGAAUUGCCAGCUCAGCUAGCUCUGGAGCAGGCGUCAGCUCUCUGCAGGAGCAGGGCUAGAGUCUUUUUGGAAGUUGGUGGUAGUGGCAGCAGACAGUGCUCCUAUAGGAGCAGUGACCCUUUGGGUAGUGGUGGCUCUGCAGGGGCAGGGAUUGUGGUAGUGGUGGUAUGCAUGUUGAGUUUUGAGGGGUGUAUAGUUAUUGAGCAGCUGGUACAUCAAAAAGAGCUUCCAACAGUGAGUCAGGAGACUUAAGGUCUAGCCCUGGCUCUACUUGCUGUGCGACCUUGGGCCAAGUAUGUUGACCUUAUUGAGUCUCAGUUUCCCCAUUGGUAAAGUGGGGUCAAUAAGCCCUACCCUGCCCCUUCCUCAGGACUGUUGUGAGCACAAUUGGAGGCAAUUUAAGAGGAGCACAAUGCCCUGGGAAAGAGGUCCUUAAGAGAACUGGCACAAAUGAGGAUGCAGCUGGCUCCUUGGGGAUGUUGGGCCUAGAGUGUGUUGCUCAGCCUUGGGCCUGGCUUUGCUGUGGGGAUACCAAGAGGAAUAAAUCUGAGACCUGGCCCUCUGGGAGCCCAGAUUCUGGUUCAGUGACUUGCAAACCUUUUGAAUGCAUGCCUCAUUUUGAUAAACAAAGAGUUGCUGCCUUUCAUGUUUAACCAAGGUCACAUGCAAGUUUCCAGGAUUUUUGUUUAGUUUCUUUUUUUGUUUCAAGCUUGGCAAAGAUAUCUUUAAACCUUUGGGGACCCCACUCUUCCUUCCAGAUUUGGGAUGUACCUCCCUUCUCCCCUUCUUGAGAAUCUGGUUGGAAGAUAAGACAUAUCAAGGUGAAGGAUAACUUAAAAUACCAGAAGGCCUCUGAAUAGUAUUCAUUUUGCAUUUAUUCAAUGUCUUGUGUGCCUGGUGCUGGGGAAAAAAGGAUAAGGGCAGCUCUGUCCUUAAGUUGCUCACAGAGGAGGAAGCAGAGGUGGGCAUGACUGAUUAUCAUAUAGUGUGAUAAGUCCCUGGAUUGGGCCACACUGUUCAAGAAAGGCCUAAUGGGGUCCGGGAAGGCUUCCAGGAGGAGGUGGCACUUGAGAUGGAUCUUGAAGGAGGAGCAGGAGGUGAUUUAAGAGCAGAGGAGAAAGAAGGACAUUCCAGCAGGGGAAGACUGGCUUGAACAAAACAUAGAGGGGACAAGGCUUGAGGCUGUGGGAAGGGCUGGUGACUGCAGCUGGAAGUGCCCAUGACAGAGCUGGUGCCCUCCGGGGGCGGGUCCCCCGCGGGGGACGGGGAGGAGGGUCUGGGGGACGAGCAAGGCCUGGUCAUCCACCACCCUGCGGAGGAGCAGCCCCACCGCUGUCCGCUGUGCGGCCAGACCUUCUCGCAGCAGCCCAGCCUGGUGCGGCACCAGAAGGCCCAUGCGGGGGCGGGCCGGGCCGCCUCCUUCGUCUGUCCCGAGUGCGGCAAGGCCUUCAGCGUCAAGCACAACCUCGAGGUCCACCAGCGCACCCACACAGGGGAGCGGCCCUUCCCCUGCCCCGAGUGCGGGCGCUGCUUCAGCCUCAAGCAGAACCUCCUCACGCACCAGCGCAUCCACAGCGGCGAGAAGCCCCACCAGUGCGCCCAGUGCGGGCGCUGCUUCCGCGAGCCGCGCUUCCUGCUCAACCACCAGCGCACGCACGCGCGCCUGCCCCCGCCGCACCCGCGCCGCCCGGGGGUGUUUGGGGAGCGGCGCCCCUACUUCUGUCCUCGCUGCGCCAAGAGCUUCGCCCGCGAGGGCUCCCUCAAGACCCACCAACGCAGCCAUGGCCACGGGGCCGAGGGGCAAGCGGCCCACCUUGGCCGGGUGCUCUGAUGGGCACCGGGCCUGCCGCCUGCCUUAUCCCGCCCCAGACCCGAGUCCAUGACCACCGGAAAUGGCCCUGGGCCGUGGCCCGGUUUCUGGAUGGGCACGAGCGGGCGUCGGGGGAGCCAGGAGUCCCAGGAGAAGGGGAGAGUGGCCGUCAGGCCCGGGUGGCCCUCUUUCAUUCCUCACCUAGGCCCCUCCGGCUUGCUGAACAUAGCUGCUUUGGCCCCCGCUUUGACUUUCCUCUUUGGGCUCCCCCCACCUAGAGCAGAUACAGUCUGGGCAGGACCUCAUGACCUGGUAGGCUCAGGACACAUCUGUGCACAGAGAGUCUAAGAACAGGGUCCCAUGGGGGCCUGGCUGGCACUGUGUCCUGCCACAAGGACCCUUCCCUUAAGAAGAUCUACCAUGGGAGGUGCCCUGCAGUGACAGCAGAGAAGUCUGGGAUGGAGCUGGAAUUGGGAAGAAGUGCUAUGCGCUGGUGGAAAAGCUCAUAGGGGCUGGUGGGAGUCACUGCUGGGACUGACUUCAUCCUGUCUGCCUGGCCAUGGACCUCAACUCUUGUGUGGCUGCAGGAACUGCUCCUGUUUGGAGAGCUGGCUUCUCUGCUCUUGCCUUCUCCACCACUUGACUAAUGUCCAGAGACACAAAGUGACUGACCUAAGAUAACACAGCAAAUUGGUAGCAGAACUGGGUCUAGAGGCAAAGCCUUCCCCCAGAUGUGGACGAUACUUGAAGUCUUCGUUUUCCUUUCAGAGCAAAUUGUUCUUAAUGCUUUGGAGGUCAUGAAGCCCUUUGAAAAUGUGAUAAACGUUACGGACCUUCUCCCCGGAAAAACAUACCUACUCAUAUAGAUGAAAACAUUUACAAGCAAUUUCAGGGGAUUCCUGGAGUCCCCGAAUGAAACCCAUCUCUGGACUCGAGGCUGAGAACUUUGGACCUGGGGACUUACCCUGCGCCACCCUUUCCUUGCCAGGCACUUGCAGAGCCCUGAGUCAGGGCCACCAUACAAGGCUGUGUCCCUCCCUGCUGGCCAAUCCUUCUCCCCUUGUUCAGGAAUAACGAGUUCUGAUGAGGGAACCCUUUUAAUUAGUCACUUCUCCCACAGCUAAUGAAUUAGGCGCCAGGUUUCUAGAACCUAAUUUCCCUUUCCCAGAUACUGCUGGAGGUUGCCUGGGCUGGAUUUGCACUUUCCCUCUGGUUUUAGGUUUCUUGUUCUGCCUGGGUGGCUGCUGACAAGUCACCACAGGACCCCAGGCUUCCUGGCCUGGGCUCUGAUUUCACUGUGAAGGUGACAGGGGAAACUGGAACCUCUGUGGGUGCUGGGUGGAAGCAUGAGUUUGGUCUGAGGUCUGCCCCAGGGAGAAGGAAUCCUCUGCUUCCACCAGUCAAGCCCAGACAGAGAGGUCAACCUGGAGCCCAGAAGUGUCUACCUGUCUCCCCAGAAUGAACCGCCCAUCAGAAAAGUGACAGAGCAGGGUGGGAAUGGGUUUUCCAAGACACCCAGAUUUCAUGAAGUUGAUUAUAUUUAGUGAAAUGCUUGGGGCUGUGGAGAGGCCUUUUACCUUGGAAUUUAAGAGCAAAUCCCAGUUGCGUGAACUGUGAGGCAUGCUGGAGUUGUGUAUUAGGUGGUAGAGCCUGUUUUGAGCUGGGAGAUGCCAACACUUGGCUGGGUUUCUGUCGUAGUUGUCGGGAGACACAUCUCUGGGUUCCUGCCUGGGGUCUUGGCUUGUCCAAUCUCUGAUGCAGUUUAGUUCAUAGUUUCUCACUGACCACCUACCUUCUGCAUAGCCCUGGGGUGAAAAACAAAAUGCUCUGGGGAAGAGCAGAGAAAGAGAAGUCAGCCCACCUUCCAGAAGCUUCAAUUCCGGCUCUGAUCCUUGCUCACCCUAGAGGAAACCUCACAAAUGCACCCCUUGUCUGCUGUUUGUCCAGCUGCUCUCCUUCCUGCCUCUGUGCCUUCCCUUGUAUUGCUCUGAAAUGUCCUUUUCCCUCUCCUAGCCACCAGGGCCUAGCUUUCCUAACUUCCUUAGCCCACUUUCCUCUCUUUUCUCUGAGCAGUACCUGUGUGCAGCAUACCGUCUCACACUUGAGGGUUAUGUGCUGUCCCAAAUUUGUUUCCUCCUCUGUGUGGGUGUGUCUUGAAUCUUCAAGUAGACUGUGAGCUCCCUGAGUGCAAGGGAACUGUGUAAUUUCUUUUUGAACAGGGCCUACCCUAGCACAGGGCUGGGCGUCAGGACACUCAGGAAAUACUUGUCGACUGAUGAAACAAGUGCUAGAGGUUGUGGGGUGGCAGUAAUGGGAGGACAGAAAGGGAAGAGGGGCAUGUGAAUUUACAACUGUAUGCAUUUUAUUGGGGUGUGGGCUGGCUCCCCUGGGGUAAUGCUGGGCAUAGGAGGCCUCAGGAUCUCCUCUACUUGGGGAAGUGGAAGCAGGAGGGAGUUCCCCCACCCCCAUGGCUAAGCAGGCGUGCACGUAAAUGGUCUUACAGGCUGGAUAUUUCUGAAGGUCACCGACACCUGUUGGAGCUGACCAAAUUGAAUAAAUCUUCUCCUGGCA